AUGAUGACAUAUUUUGUGUUUAUUUUAAGUAUUGUCUUUGUAGUAGGUUUUGUGGGGUUCUCUUCUAAGCCUUCUCCUAUCUAUGGAGGGUUAGUUUUGAUUGUUAGUGGAGCGGUUGGUUGUGGUAUUGUGUUGAGUUUUGGUGGGUCCUUUUUGGGUUUAAUAGUAUUUUUAAUUUAUUUGGGUGGUAUACUCGUUGUUUUUGGUUAUACAACUGCCAUAGCCACUGAGCAAUAUCCUGAGGUCUGGGUGUCUAAUAAGGCUGUGCUGGGUGCGUUUAUUGCGGGCCUUCUAUCUGAGUUACUAUUGGCUUGUUAUAUUUUAAAAGAUGAUGAGGCUGAUGUUGUGUUUGGGUUUAAUGGUAUGGGUGAUUGAGUAGUUUAUGACACGGGAGACUCGGGAUUUUUUAGUGAAGAGGCCAUGGGUAUUGCGGCUUUAUACAGUUAUGGUACUUGGUUAGUUGUUGUGACUGGUUGGUCUCUUCUUGUUGGAGUGCUAGUUAUUAUGGAGAUUACUCGUGGAAAUUAG